CUUCCAGAGCCUGGUGCUCCCAGUUUUUCCUUCUACGCCCCUAUAGUAACAUCUACGAACCCCUCACCUUACGACCCCACUAAUCCUCGUCAAAAUGGUCCAAAUCCGCUCCCUCAUCGCUGCCGCUGCCGCCGUGGCUGCUGUCACUGCUGCGCCCACCGCCCACCAGAAGCGUAUCGCACAGACGAUCUCCGACUCGACCCAGGCUUGGGUUGCUGCCUGCCAGAAGGCUGGUGGUGCUGACCAAUGUAACACGAUCUCUCAGACGGCGUUCCAAACCCUCUUGGCUGCGGGCAAGAAUUGCGAUCAGCAGGAUGCCGCUGACCAGAUGGUCGACCUGGCCAAGCAGCUAAACAACGACCCGGAGAUGAUCCGUCUGGCGCAGCUCUUCGUGCAGCAGCCCCGCAACGCGCCGGAUAGCCUCCAGGUUCCUUACUGUCAGACGGCACCCAAGAAUGCGGAGCUCAAUGGCCUCUUCCACUGCCAGUUCGCCGGCUCUGAUUUCACCAAGUUCUCUGGUGACCAGACCGGGAACUUGCCGCUCGGCGUCUCCGCGGUCAACCCGCCCGGCUCUUGCCCUGCAAAGACGGACGGCCCUGUCCCCGACGGCGUCCAGCUCAACACGCUCGUGACCGACCCUGGUGUACCCACCGCUGGUGGUGCCGCCUCAGCCAACUCCACCACCGUCGCCUCUUCCUCCUCCAACUCCACCACCGUUGCGGUAUCGUCGUCUGCCGCCGUUGACGACUCUGCUGCGACCACGGCUGCCGGUACCACCGCGGCUGCUGCUACCACCUCUGCUGCUGCAGUUGCCACCACCGCCGCGACCGCUUCCACCGGCGCUGCCGCGGGCGCUAAGCCGUUCACGCUCCAGAACGGCAAAGACGCGCAGGCACUCAACGCCAAAUUCGCCUCUCUCACCGCGUCGAGCACCUGCACGGACGGCGACCAGGCCUGCGUCGGCGGCGCGUUCGCGCAGUGCGUCGGCGGCAAGUUCGCUACCACCCAGUGCGCCGGCGGAACCCAGUGCUUCGCCCUCCCCCUCGUUAACUCGGCAGGCACUUCCAUCACCUGUUCCACCGAGGCUGAUGCCACCACCCGCAUUGCCGCGACUGGCGCGACUGGCGGCCUCACUGGCAGCGCAUAAACAGCUUGACGGUUUCGAGGUGUCGGAUGUUUACUUGCUUUCUUGGUGCUAGUCGGAGCUAUCAUUAGGCUGUAGUUGGUUAUCUCGACG